AUGGCAGUUUUCAGACAGGGUGAUCAUGUGUGGGUGGAUUUGUCUUCCAACAAUGUCCCCAUUGGUGCAGUUGUGAAGGAUAACACUAACCCUAAUAAAAUCUUGGUAGAAGAUGAUGAGGGAAAGGAACGCUGGAUUGAAGCUCGGGACUUCAAAUGCCUCCAACUCAUGAACCUCAGUUCAGCUCAGGGGAUGGAAGACAUGAUACUCCUGGGGGACCUGAAUGAAGCUAGUAUGGUGCACAACCUUCUCAUCCGCUACCAGAAGCACAAAAUCUAUACUUACAUAGGUACGAUCUUGGUGGCUGUGAACCCCUAUCAGGUGCUGCCCAUCUACACUAUGGACCAGAUCCAGCUGUACUACAACCGGAGGGUAGGAGAACUGCCCCCUCACGUCUUUGCUAUCGCAGACAGCUGCUAUUUCAAUAUGAAGAAAAACAAGAGAGACCAGUGCUGCGUUAUCAGCGGUGAGUCAGGAGCUGGGAAGACAGAAACGACCAAACUGAUACUUCAAUUCUUAGCCAUCAUUAGCGGCCAGCAUUCUUCGAUUGAGCAGCAGGUCCUGGAAGCCAACCCCAUUCUGGAAGCCUUUGGCAAUGCCAAGACAGUUCGAAAUGACAACUCAAGCCGCUUUGGAAAAUACAUUGAAAUCCACUUCAACAAAAAUGGAGUGAUUGAAGGAGCCCAAAUAGAACAUUUCCUUCUAGAGAAGUCCCGGGUCUGCCGGCAGGCCCCAGAAGAGAGGAACUACCACAUCUUUUACUGCAUGUUAAUGGGGAUGAAUGAGGAGCAAAAGAAGCUGCUGAGUUUGGGGACAAUCUCAGAAUACAACUACCUCACCAUGGGUCACUGCACAUCCUGUGAGGGUCGCAAUGAUGUCAAGGAUUAUGCCUCCCUUCGCUCUGCUAUGAAGGUUCUUAUGUUCUCUGAUUCUGAAAACUGGGAUAUUAGCAAAUUAUUGGCAGCUAUUCUUCACCUGGGUAACGUGGAAUUUUCAGCUGCUAUUUCUGACAAUCUGGACUGCUCUGAUGUCAUUGAAACCCCACACUUCCUGGCUGCAGUUAAGUUACUGGAGGUGAAGGCUAUGGACCUCCAGACGUGUUUGACCAAUCACUACAUCAUCGUCCGCGGGGAAGGCGUCUUCCGACCACUGAACAUACUCCAGUCCAGCGACCGACGAGAUGCUUUGGUCAAGGGAAUUUAUGGGCAUCUCUUCCUAUGGAUAGUCAAGAAGAUCAAUGCUGCAAUCUUCAAGGAACCCUCCAAAGACCCUCAGGAUGUGCGCAGGUCCAUUGGCCUCCUGGACAUAUUUGGCUUUGAAAACUUUCAUACAAAUAGCUUUGAGCAACUGUGCAUCAAUUUUGCCAAUGAGCAUCUCCAACAAUUCUUUGUCUGCCAUGUCUUCAAAAUGGAGCAGGAAGAGUACCAUGCAGAGAACAUUGCCUGGAACUACAUUCAUUUCAAUGACAAUCGACUCACUUUGGACCUACUAGCUCUCAAACCAAUGAACAUCAUCUCAUUGAUGGAUGAGGAGAGCAAAUUCCCUAAGGGCACAGAGGUCACCAUGUUACAAAAAAUGAACCAUCUCCAUAGCAAUAACAAAAUAUAUGUGGCGCCCAAGAACAUUCACGACAUGAAAUUUGGCAUUGUUCAUUUUGCUGGUUUGGUUCAUUAUAAGACCGAAGGUUUCUUGGAGAAGAAUCGUGAUGUUCUGAGUACUGAUAUCAUCAAACUGGUAUAUUCAUCUCAAAAUAAGUUUCUGAACCAAAUUUUCCAGUUGGAACCUUCCCAGAUCAAGCUACGCCAUGGGACCAUCCGUCUGUCUAGGUCUUCAGACUCACUCUCUAAGAAUGCUGAUGCCACCAAACGCCCCUCUACACUAGCAAGCCAGUUCAAGCAGUCCCUGGAUCAACUGAUGAAAAUCUUGAACAAUUGCCAACCCUACUUUAUCCGCUGCAUCAAACCCAAUGAGUUUAAGAAACCACUGCUCUUUGAUCGGGAGCUGUGUAUCCAGCAGCUACGUUACUCUGGCAUGAUGGAGACUGUGGCGAUAAGGAAAUCAGGCUAUCCCAUCCGCUACACCUUUGAAGAUUUCUUGCAGAGGUACAAGACGCUCCUGCCUGGGGCUGCUCGAGUGGAGCUGCAGGACAAACCUCGUCAGGCCAGUCUGCGCAUCUUAGAAAUCUGGCUAGGGAAAGAUGAAAACUGGAAAAUUGGGAAGACCAAAAUCUUCCUAAAGGAUUACCAAGAUACUCUGUUGGAGAUGCAGAGGAGCCAGGCAUUGCAUAAAUAUGCUGUCACCAUACAGAAAGCCAUACGGGGAUACAAGUACAGAAAAGAAUUUCUGAGUCAGAAGCGAGCAGCUGUGGCCCUUCAGGCAACGUGGAGAGGUUAUACUUGCAGAAGAAAUUACAAGAUGAUCCUUUUGGGCUUUGAGCGGCUACAGGCUAUCAUUCGAAGGGGCCAAUUGACAAAACAAUAUAAUGCCAUGCGGGCCAAAGUUAUCCGGUUCCAGGCCCUUUGCCGAGGCUAUCUGAUUCGCCAGAAGGUUGCAGAGAAGAAACGGGCAGUGGUGAUCAUCCAAGCACAUGCAAGGGGAAUGAUUGCCCGCCAGAACCUCAAGAGGAGAAGAAUAGAGCACCAGAACAGAGCUGAGGCAGAGUAUCUUCAGCUGGAGGAGAAGGAACGUCUGAUGCUGAUUCUCAGGUCGAAGAAGGCAAAGGAAAAUGCCAGUAAGCUCCAAGAGGAACAUCUGGCUGCCCUAGAGAAAGAAGAGAAAGAGAAGAACCAAAUGGCCCAACCAACCAAGAAGCGUGACUCAAUCUAUGACCCUAUCAAUGAUACUGAAAUGGUUGAGGAAGUAUUUGGCUUCCUCCCAAUGAUCAUAGGUGGCCAGAAAGGCCAGGCACCACAGGGAUUUGAGGAUUUGGAAACAACCACUCAGAAGUUGACUGAGGUAGACUUGGACACCAUCCCUAUGUCAGUGGAGUCUGAGGAAGACAUGGAUGACCUGGAUGAGUAUACUUUCCCCAAAUUUGCUGCUACCUACUUCCAGAAGGCUGCUACUCACACACACAUUCGCCGGCCCCUCCGCCACCCAUUGCUCUACCAUGAAGAGGAUGAAGACUUCAGGAUUGCGCUAGUUAUAUGGAAGAUUAUCCUGCGAUUCAUGGGUGAAUUCCCUGAGCCACAGCUAUUUGCCAGGAACAGCAACCCCCAGGGCACAUCGGUAACAAGACAAAUCCGAGACAUUCUCGGUAAGAAGAAUAAUGCCCGGUUUCUGGUGGUCAGUGUGCCAGAGAAGGUAGCAGGCAAGCUGAGCAGCGGAGAAGAGGCCUUUGAGGAAGAAAGUCCUAUCACAGAACGACCUAUGUCCAAUCUGGAAAAGGUCCACUUCAUCAUCAGAAAUGGCAUCCAACAGCCCAACAUCAGAGAUGAGAUUUACUGCCAAAUCUGCAAGCAGCUGUCUGAGAACUACAACAAGAACAGUUUUGCAAGAGGGUGGAUUCUACUGUGUCUUUGCCUCGGCUGCUUCCCCCCUUCAGAGAAGUUUAUGAAGUACCUGCUAAACUUCAUCAACAAAGGCCCACCAGGCUACAGAUCCUUCUGUUCAGAGAGACUGAGGCGUACCUAUGCCAAUGGAGUGAGGACUGAGCCUCCCAACUCGCUAGAGCUCCAGGCAGUCAAGUCCAAGACUCGUAUUCCUUUCAACGUCACCCUGAUGACUGGGGAAAGCCUGACGAUUACAGCCGACUCUGCCUCUUCCUCCAGGGAAGUCUGCCAGCAUAUAGCUGAUAAACUACAGCUGAAGGAUCUCUUUGGGUUUUCCAUCUAUAUUGCCAUAUAUGACAAGGUCUGGUCAUUAGGUGGAGGGCGUGACCAUUUGAUGGAUGCCAUCUGCCAGUGUGAGCAACUGACCAAGGAGAAGGGUGAGAAUGAACGCCAGUCCCCUUGGCGCUUCUUCUUCAGAAAAGAAAUCUUCACUCCAUGGCAUGAUUUCAAGCAGGAUCCUGUCAGCACAGAACUCAUUUAUCACCAGAUUAUCCGAGGAUUCCGGUUUGGAGAGUACCGCUUGGAGAAGGAGGAGGACCUGGUGGAGGUGGUAGCCAAGCACUGCUACAUUGAGUUUGGGAGCUUCAUCCAGAGUAGUGAUAUCCAGAAGACCCUUCCUAUCUGCAUCCCUGCGAAGGUGCUCAAGACAAAGUCACAGGAACAGUGGGUCAACCUCGUGACUGCAGCCUGUGCAAAGGCUCCCUACAUCCAAAAUCGCUCCUCUCCACUAUUAGUAAAGGAACAAAUUUUGACUGUGGUUUGUUUUCAGUGGCCUCUGCUAUUCUCCAAGUUUUUUGAAGUUACCAAAAUUUCAGGGCCCAACCUGCACAAGACUCAACUGAUUUUGGCCAUCAACUGGAAAGGCAUCUGCUUCCUCGACAAAUCAGAGAAUAAACUUUUGGAGCUGACUUUCCCUGAGGUUACUGGCAUAGUCACCAACAGGACACCCCUGGUAUUUAAGCAGAAUUUCACCCUGUCCACCCUGAAUACAGAGGAGUAUGUGUUUACCUCCAGCGAGAGCGUGGCUAUUGCUGAGCUAGUGGCCAUGUUCCUGGAGGGUCUGAAGAAGAGAUCGAUGUAUGCCAUGGCCUUAAGAGAUAAGAAAUCCACAGAUGACCCAACCAUCCUGAUGUAUAAAAGAGGAGACUUGUUGAUCCUGACCGAAGGUGAAGGGCUAGUGCCCAAUGACAACUGGAUCUUGGCCCAGAAUGAUAGGACGGGCAAGGUGGGAGCAGUAUCCAUUGAAAGCAUCUAUAUCAUCCCCACCGUGGUGAAGCCUACCCCCAAGAUGAUGAGUCUGUUGGCAAUGUCCCCUGAGGAUCGGAAGCUGGCCACCCAGAACGCACAGCCACAAGAACAUGAAGAAGAAGACUCUAAGGAAAAGCCAUUCACACUAGAGGAAUAUUCCUAUGAAUACUUCAGGCCCCCUGAAAAGGAGACUGUCAACAAAGUCAUGUUCCCCAAUACACGGGGUAAGAGCCAGCUGUGGGAGCAUUCCUGGGAGCCCCUCAAACAACCACUACUGAAGAGAGUCCAUGCCAAUGUGGACCUUCGAGACAUCGCCUGCCAGACCUUUGCUGAUAUCCUUUCUUACAUGGGAGACUACCCAUCCAAGCAGGCCAGGGAUCCCAUGGAGCUCACUGAUCAGAUCUUUGCAGCUGCCAUCCAGGAGGCCAUAUUGAGAGAUGAAGUAUACUGCCAGAUCAUGAAGCAACUGACGAACAACACUAACAGCUACAGCUUAGAGCGCGGCUGGCAACUUCUCUGGCUCUGCACUGGCCUCUUCCCGCCCAGUAAAACACUGCUGCCACACACCCAGAAGUUCAUCGAGUCAAGGAGGAAGAAGCAGCACAUUGCACCUGAUUGCAGCAGAAGGAUUCAAAAGGUGAUGAGGACUGGCCCCCGGAAGUAUCCUCCUCACCACGUAGAAGUGGAGGCCAUUCAACAAAACAUCACCAAGAUCUGCCACAAGGUUUACUUCCCCAAUGACACAGAUGAGAUCUUUGAAGUUGGGGCCAACACGAAGGUUCAGGACCUGUGUCAGAACAUCAGCACUCACCUGCAGCUGAACUCCUGGGAGGGCUGUAGCCUGUUUGUCAAGAUUUCAGACAAGGUCAUCAGCCAAAAUGAAAAAGACUUCUUCUUUGAUUCCUUAAGGCAGGUGUCUGACUGGAUAAGAAAGACCAAGCCCACAAGAGAAGGGGCAGCAGUAACCCUGUAUUACCAUGUGUACUUCAUGAGAAAACUCUGGUUGAAUGUCUCCCCUGGGAAAGACUUGAAUGCUGACACCAUCCUUCACUAUCAUCAGGAACUGCCCAAAUACCUGCGUGGAUUCCACAAGUGCACCAGGGAGGAUGCCAUCCAGCUUGCAGGCCUCAUUUACAAGGUCCAGUUUGACAAUGACAGGUCCCAGACAGCCACUGUCUCCAGGAUCCUGAAGGAAUUGGUACCUGAGAACAUGAUCCAACUGAUGUCUUCAGAGGAAUGGAAAAAGAACAUCUCUGCUGCUUACAGUAGGUAUGAAGAGAAGACAGUGGAUGAAGCCAAGGUGGCCUUCCUGAAGCUGAUUUACCGGUGGCCCACCUUUGGCUCAGCCUUCUUCGAGGUGAAGCAAAGCUCAGAGCCCACUUACCCAGAGAUCAUCCUCAUUGCCAUCAACAAGCAUGGACUGCAGCUCAUUCACCCCAAGACCAAGGAGCUCCUAAAAACCUACCCCUUUACAAAAAUCUCCAGCUGGAGCAGUGGUAGCACCUACUUCCACCUGGUGCUUGGGAACCUCGUGAGGGGGAAUCGGCUGCUGUGUGAGACGUCCCUGGGCUAUAAGAUGGAUGACCUACUGACAUCCUAUGUGCAGCUGCUCCUAAGCACAGUGAACAAACAGAAGAGCCUCCAAACCUUAGACUGAGGUGGGACAUCGGCUGAGGUCACAACUACCCAUCCACCUGCCGAAUGGACAGGAACUCUCAUCUCCACAGAGAAAGCCAAGGCUGCCACCUGUUUCGCCUCUCCCUUCUCCAGUUUCCUCAUCCUGGAAUGGACUGACCUCAUCCAGAGCAUUAGCUAGGAAUUUCUGCACCAGGGCAAGCAACACGAAAGUGAAGCAUGUCCUUAGUUUGGGAUUGA